UUUUAUUGUAUUUUGUAUUCAGAUUCAGUUAAUUUAUUUGAUAGUUGUACCGCUAAAGCUUAACAAUCUUGAAGAUGUUUUGAACAUACUUAUUUGACUAAACUGAAUUUACAAUUUUCAUAAACAUUAGGCGAGAUUGCAGUAUGGCAUAUGGUAUUAACCUCUACCAAAAAAAAGCAUAAACGUAGUGAUUAUAUGCUCUUUGAGGGAAUCUGUCAUCUGUCAGUCGAUAAAAAACGUAAACAGUAAUCGGUCACACAUCCAGAGAAUUUAAAUUUUUAUUAACUCUUUUUCUCCUUAAUAAGCUGUAAAAUGCUAAAUAAAGUACUACUAUCUACUGAUGUUACCUUGGUUUGCGUUCAACAUGCACUGUCUACAGAAAAAGAAGAAAUAAUGGGUCUAUUAAUUGGAGAGGUUCACGACAAUGGUUCGCUAGUUUCAAUAGUAUCAUCGGUUAUUUUACGGCGGUUGGAUAAGAAGCCUGACCGUGUCGAGAUCUCAGAGGAGCAGCUAGUGCAGGCUACAUUAAGAGCAGAAGAGCUCGCCGCAGAAGUAGGGCGGCCAUUAAGGGUAGUAGGCUGGUACCACUCCCAUCCACAUAUUACUGUGUGGCCUUCACAUGUUGAUCUUGCAACACAAUCAAUGUACCAAAGGAUGGAUGCCAGUUUUGUAGGGAUAAUAUUUGCUGCAUUCCUUACAGAUCAAAGUACCAAAGCUCCAUCUAUACAAAUUACUUGCUUUCAAUCUGUCACUGAUGGCUCAACCCAAAGCAGAAGAGAAAUUGAAAUGGAAGUUGUGAACAACAAUGACUCUCUCAUGACAAACAACUUUGAGAUAUUAACGCAACUACCAGCAAUUCUUAAAGAAGAAGAGGAUGAGGCCUACCAGAAUGAAGUUGGCCAUAGUGAAACUGAUGAUAUUAUUAUCAAACAACAUAAUGCAGCUGUGAGGACAAUAGCUAUAGGGCAUAUUGUAGAAAAGAUGUCUCGGCCAAUGCUAGAGGCCCUGGUUGCCCGGAAUGCUCUUAAUGCUGUGAGAUUAAAAGCUCUGAAAAAACAGCAUCAAGAACUUAUGUCCAGAUUGGAGAACAUGUCAUGCAAUGUUUAAGUACUAUAAGUCAUAAAUAAAUAAUACUAUAUAAUUAGUAA